GAGAGUAGUAAGGUUUGCAUUGUUUCGUGAAUAAUUUAGAGAAUGAUAAUAUUGGGUAGAGAAUAGUGUGUUCUUGUUGCUUUCGCUAAUCUCAUCACAUUUAUCAGUAUUUCUGAAGGGAGAAGGAAGAGAUGAUGAAUCAUCGAGUGACCUCCACAAUAUGUUGACGGUGCUUUUAAUGCAAGAGUAAAUGGUAAAAUGAGCGCAUAUGGACACGUGGCUGGCUUACCGAUUGAAUGUUUAAGCAUCGCUGUAGAGCUCCACAAGGAGCAAUUUGUAGAUGAAAAUGGACAAGAGGUUCUUCGUGUAGGUUUCAAAAUUGGCGGUGGUAUCGAUCAAGAUCCGAGCCGAGCACAUUAUCCAUAUCCAGACAGUGGAAUUUAUAUCACGCAGAUUGAGCCCGAUUCACCAGCAGAACAUUCUGGACUUCGACAACACGACAAAAUACUUAGGGUAAAUGGUAACGACUUCACCAUGGUAACUCACGAAAAGGCUGUGAAAUAUAUCAAGAAAUACCCAGUUCUUCAUAUGCUUGUUGCUAGAAAAGAGAUUUCUGGUUGAAUUUCAUAAGGAAUAUAACCGUAAUGAAUCCGCUUUCCUCCCAGUUCUCCAGUACGAAUUUACGAUUCCCGACAAGUUUGUCAUGCUUCGCCGUUGUUUUAAUCUUUCUCCAGAAUCCCAACCUUCUAUCGGUUUCAGGAAAAAACAUUCACAUAAUGAUUGCAAGGGUGGGAGAGGUUGUUGAGAGAUAAAUAAUUCUUUGAAAAAGGACGGGUGAUGAAUAGAUAGUCUUUGUUGGUUCAUGAAGCAGAAAACAGUUAUAUUCAAAGAUUGAAGCUUCUCAAAAAAUAAAAAACAUUAAAAAUUAUAUCACGGCAUUCAAGCAUCCCAAUCACUGGAAUGCUUUAAUGACGCUGCCCGACUUUUAAUCCAUGUAGAAAUGCUUCGCUAUUAUUUAUAGACUAACACUGUUCCUAAUUUCUUACUUUCAUUUAUUUAAAGUAGCUGAGACUAAUUUGUUCUGCAGAGCUUUUUUUGCUUGAUCAAGAAGACAACUAUUCAUACGCACAUUUCAUCUUUUUCGGGUUUCCCCGAAUGAUCAGUCGUCAUUAUUUGCCGAACAAAUAGCAUAUGUUCAUUAGAACGAAUUUUUGAAGUUAGGUUCUUCAAUGCCUGUUUUUCAAUAUUUUUUUCCAUCAAUAUGGAAAAUGCGACACCAUUGAAGUGUGCUGAGGAAUCUUACACAAACAAUCCAUCGGUCGGUCUCACUGGAUAAUGAUCAAAAAGUCGCUAAGUUGCUAGUAUGUUAAUGCCUUUUGUAAUAGUAUGGCGGUAUAACUCAAUAAUCCUUAAAAUCUGUAUAAAAGUCAUCACUGUCCAGUAAAAUUGGAUCAUUUUUGCAUUGUACUGUAUCCCAAAUUGGUUUCGAGAACGGAUUCACAAAGAUAACC